AUGACUAGUCAGCUGUUUACUGACGAUAUGAAAACGCUUGAUCGAAAAAUGAUUGCUCAAAAAUCGAAAAAGAUUAUUCUGUUUUUGGACAAUGCAACUUGUCAUAACUUACUGCCGGGUACAAAUCUGUCAAACAUCAAAUUGUCGUUCAUGCCACCAAACACCACCAGUCUCAUUCAACCUUUGGAUCAAGGCAUCAUUCGUUCAUUCAAAGCGUAUUAUCGUCGGGAACUUGUUCGAAUGCAAAUCGCAGCGAUCGAUGCUACACCGCCAAAAGCCGUUGUCCGAGGUGGCCAAGCAGAUAACUGUUUUGAAGGCCAUGCACAUGAUGAAGCGAGCACUUUUCAUGGUCAAACCGUCAACAAUUCAAAAUUGUUUAAAAAGGCCGGCUUUGUCAUUGAAUCACAGGCUGGAGUGGAAGAAAUACUCGACGAAAAUGAUCAAGUUUCUCAACCAUCGGGCAUGGAGCAAACAGAUUUUGACGAAUUUAUCAGCUUCGACGACCGUACACAAUGUUAUGGAGAACUGACUGGCACGGACAUCACACGUGGUAUCGGAUGA